AUGAUGAAGUGCCGUCUGCUGUGCGCCCUGUUGGUGCUUGGCCUGUGCUGCUGCCCGUCCGUGUGCGUGGCAGCUCAAGACCCCGAUUCAUCUUCUCCGGAGGUAAAAGGUGUGGCCGGGGCGGGAGGGAAAUUAGGCACGGGAGGGUCAAUAAUUGCGCCAGGUGCCUCAGGGGCACAAAAUCAGGAUGUAAAAUCGGGAGAAGAAUCAGAUGUGGGCCAUACAUCAGAGUCAUCAAGUGAGAGGUCCACGCAGUCAGAUCGACAGGAUGCAACCGUCACGGACAAAAAGCCACAUACAUCGAAUUCUGCGGACAGUACGGGACCGGGACCGGGUGCGCCACUGGUAACAGUUGAGAGGCCCUCUGGGUCAGAGGCAUCCAGUAACUCCGAACACAAGCCAAAUACCACGACCACGACCACCACUACAACACAGCCACCAACCACGACGACCACCACUACAACAGAGGCACCAAGUACUACGACUACAGAGGCGCCAGCUGUGUCGACCACCCGCGCACCGUCACGUCUUCGCGAAAUGGACGGCAGCCUCAGUAGCUCUGCGUGGGUGUGUGCCCCGCUGGUGCUCGCCGCAUCCGCGCUGGCGUACACCGCUCUGGGCUGA